ACAAGUGCAUACAGGUGACCAGGGACGCUCCGAACUCCGCUGACAACAUCACAGCCAGCGGGACGAAAACAAUCAGCAGCUGGAGAGCCACGGGAGAGUAGCAGCCAUUCUACUGAAAUUAUAACAACACACAAAGACGCUUCUUUAAUUUAUAUAUUUUUUUUGCGUAGUGUGUGUGUGAGGGUCCCAGCCGUUCCGCGGACAGUAUCGGAGCGCACUGGUGGAAGAGCCACCUAGUUUCCAGAAUCUGACUCUAACUUCGUAUCGUCUGACCUUCAUAGCGGUUUGCAGCCCACCAUCUCCGGGGUGUCUAGAGAUGUAGAGAUCAGCGUGAGGAGCACAGCCCCAUCUUUCCCAGCAGCACUUUCUCACCAAGAGCUUCCUCACUCUCUCCCUCUUCCCUCAGCUUCCUCACUCUUUCCCUCUUCCCUCAGCUUCCUCACUCUCUCGGGCUGGACUGCAGUGCGUCUGCGUCGGCUCGCCCUCCCCUCCCCCCUCGCCCCCCAGCCAUGGCCUCACGAAUAGGGCUGCGGCUGCAGCUGAUGCGAGACCAGCUGCAGCAGGAGGAGCAGCGGGAGCGGCAACAGCAGCAGAAUGCGGCGCUGCAGUACAUGCAACAGCAGCGUAUGUCUGUCCCAGCACCCAGCCCUGCCAUCAACGCACCACAACACUGCCAGAGCAUGCAGGUGCCUGUGGAGGUCCUCAAGGUGCAGACUCACCUGGAGAACCCUACAGACUACCACAUUCGCCAGUCCCAGAGACAACAGGUGAAGGAGUACCUCUCCACCACCUACGCCACCAAGCAGACAGUACACGCAGUAACAGGGGUGGUCCAACCAUCCCCUCCCCCCACUCUGGCCCCCCCGGGGGCCUCUUCCUCGGUCCCCCCUCCUCUCCACUCCCCCCGGCUCCGUACAGAGCAGCUCAUCACAGGAAACAGCGCCCCUAACAGCCCCAUGGCCAUGCUCAACAUCGGCUCCAGCCACGAGAACGAGGUACACGAGAUGGAUGAGGUCAUCGAUGACAUCAUCAGCAUGCAGUCGAGCUAUGAUGACAUCCAGCAGUACAUUGACCCUGUUCAGAUGUCCAACACACUCCCUCUGUCCAGCAGUCACCUGGACGUGUACACAGGCCCUGGGAUGACCGGUCAAUCCAUUGCCAUGACCAGCAACUCCUGCCCUGCCAACCUGGCCAUCAAACGAGAGCUGACGGAUGCAGAAGCCCGUGCGAUGGCCAAGGAGAGACAGAAGAAAGACAACCACAACCUGAUUGAGAGAAGGAGGAGGUUCAACAUCAACGACCGCAUUAAAGAGCUGGGCGGUAUGAUCCCCAAAACCAACGACCUGGACGUGCGCUGGAAUAAGGGCACUAUUCUGAGGGCUUCAGUAGAGUACAUCAAGCGGAUGCAGAAGGACAUGCAGAGGACCAGAGAGGUGGAGAACAACUUCAAGAGGAUGGAGAUGGCCAACAAACAACUGUGGCUGCGCAUCCAGGAGUUAGAGAUGCAGGCUCGUCUGCACGGCCUCCCCAGCUCCUCUCCCUCUGGGAUGAGUUCUGGUGACCUGAUGGGUUCCUACGUCAAACAGGAGACCAGCCCUGAGGAGAAGCUCCAGCAGCAGCAGGCUCAGGCCCAGGGCCAGCAACACCUCCACCACCCCCAGUCCCACCACCUCCAGCCUCAGCAGGGCCAGCUCAGGCAGCUGCCCCCUCUGCCCCCUCACCUCCAGCCCCAGCUUCCCCUCCAGUACUCAGCCGUGGGCAGCUCCCAGCCCUUUGACUUUGCCCAGUCGCUGGACUUGUGUGACGGGGUGCCUGGCUUCCCAGAGGGCCUGUCGGGGCUAGGGGAGCUGGGCGGCCUUGGUACCCAGGGAAGGAGAGGCGACCUGGGCUUCCUGAUGAUGGACGAGCCCCUGUCUCCUCUGGGUGGAGACCCUCUGCUCUCUGCCAUGUCCCCUGAGGCCUCGGUCGACUCCAGCCGCAGAUCCAGCUUCAGCAUAGAGGACACAGAUAUACUGUAGAUGGAGUAUACACACACACAAUGUAGAACCACACACAGAGUGUGUACACACACACACAAUGUAGAACCACACACAGUGUGUACACACACACACAAUGUAGAACCACACACAGAGUGUGUACACACACACACAAUGUAGAACCACACACAGAGUGUGUACACACACACACACUGUAGAACCACACACAUAGUGUGUACACACACACACAAUGUAGAACCACACACAUAGUGUGUACACACACACACUGUAGAACCACACACACACUGUAGAACCACACACAUAGUGUGUACACACACACACAUAUGGUACGUAUUGUACACACAGUAGAAAUACACCCAGAGCACUGAUAUACUGUGACAUGCUUAUGCUCUGUUCAACAACCCUGCCAGCAUACAUUUGCACUCUAAACUCCCACACACACACUCCAAGCAUGCUGUACAAACACUGAUACACACUUACACACACAAACUUGACAUUCUCAUAGAUGCACACCCUUUCUUAGCACUCGUAUAGAUACACAUUCAACAGCAAUAUGAGAAAUGAAACCACGUUUCAGAUUGAAAUUAUUGUGUCCUACCACUGUAAAUAUCAGAGCACCUCUGAAUGAUAAACAAUCUAUUACGCACACACACGCACACACGCACAGCACAGACAGAUUCUAGUUCACUCUAACACAGAAGAGACCCUGUUAUUUGAAAGGUGAGGCACUGACAAAGGUUUGAGACACAGACCUCGACCCCUUACUUUGUAAAACACUGGCAUGACCUCGAGUCUGCAAGCUACUGCCUUCUCCUGUGUCACCUAUGACCUUUAGCCUUAAGGGUACUGCCAAGUCCACUCCAUGACCUCUGACCCCUGUGUGAACUCUGGACAUUGAGGAGAGAUGGUUUGGCCUUGAUUGUGAGGUGUUGUAGCGAUGCAAGGGGUUAUAUAGCUCCACAGGUUUCUAAGUAGUGCCACUGUGUAGCAUCAUAGGGUGCUAUGUAGCGACUCAGGAUCUCCUGUAGCCCUGACCCAAACCUGCCAACGGGCCUUGUGUUAGCCACCUGAAGACCCACUCUCUCUGGCUGAGAUGGAGGGUGGGAGAGGGUUGUCUUUUAGUAAGUUGUACUGUAUAGUUAGGAGAGAGAGGACCAGUCAUAGAGAUUGGCUUAGAUAACCCAGUAAUGUCAUUGUCUCCACUGUAACAAACAAACACACACACACACACACACAGCAGUGUGCCUUGAGGCUGUGUUCAAAUCAAGACUUUGAGCGAGACUUCGGUACCUCACCCAGUCUGUGCAUGUAGAACUGUCAGCUUUGGGUCAACCAGGUUAAACUCGACACUCACCAGGUACUAACCAAACCAACUCUGUAGAAACCAAACUACAGCCGUACAAUACAUACAUAAACUAACAGGAAAACAAAUAGCUUUCAGAUUUGGGUGAGGGACUGAGGUCAACACUUUGAUUUGAUAUGGCUUAUGAUCAGUACAGAGAAAAGGAAGUAAAAUGAUGAUUUUAAAGGUAUUUGUUUGUAUUCUAUUAUAGUUUGUUGUUUUAUUUGAUUUCAUCUCCCAAUGCACUGGAAGCUAUAUUAUUUAAUUGACUUUGUACAUGAAAGACUUUUCAGUUUUAUGCCUCUUAAAAUGUAUUUUAUUUGUAUUUGUCCUUUUUAUUUUAUUCCUAAAGUACCUUUUUCUCUAAGAGCCAUUUAAAGGUGAAAGUAUUCAAGCCACUUGCGUGACAGUGUACGACCAGUGGGGAGCCAUAUUCUAUACUUCUCUUUGUGGAAGAAUUAUUCAAAUUUCACCAGGCUUUGAAGAGUUCAGAAGAUCAUGUACAUUUACAGUAUGAUGUCAUUUUUAUAUUGAUUGGGAUUUUCUCCCUUUUUUAACCUAUAGAAAUUGGAGCCAGAGACUAAGUUGAGAGGUGAUUUUAUUUGAUUAAGUUUUAAUUGUGAAUGUGAAGAUGGCCUGUACCGGUACCAAGCCAAACCCAAGCAUCACAACAACGGGGUGUUUCCCUUCAUGGUGCCACUUUUGACCCCUACUUUGGUUUCCAUUUAGACUACUUCCUUCUGAUGGAAGUCAGAACAACCAUGGCGGAGUUCUGUUGCCAUAGCGUUGGCACAGCCUUCUCUCUGUCUGCCAGAGUUCCCCUUUACCCUGCUCCAAUGUUUGUAAUCAAUUGUUUUACUUUUGUGUAUAUUGUCCAGCCAACAUUUUAAAGAGCUUGUCUGCAGAUAAUGUGGCGUGUUGUCCCCUCUGUGACUGUCCCCCUCCCCCAUGUCACUGUAUUCGACUGGUCAGGGGAAACUGGCAUUCUGGUUUUGCUUUGGAUAUAAAAUGUUUUACCAAAAUCCA